AUGCUUAGCAUGGACAUGUAUCCCAGUUUGGCUCUGGGACCUCAAAGGAUCGGAGACUGUUUCUACAGAGACCGAGAGCCUCCUGCCCACAUGCCGCUGUUCCCUCCGGCCUGUGAGGUGGCCCAGAGGAUUCUGGCCCCUCCCCCUGCUGUCCCCAACGAGCCCACCACCAAAACCCAAAAAGAUGAGGUGAAGAUGGAGCUGGAGAAUGCAUCUUUAUGGAAACAGUUCAGCUCAGUGGGCACAGAGAUGAUCAUCACAAAGAAGGGCAGACGGAUGUUUCCCGGGUUGAGGUUGAAGCUGUCUGGCCUGAAUCCAGCUCUUCGUUACAUCCUUCUCCUGGACAUCAUACCGGUGGACAACUCGCGCUAUCGUUUCCAAGGCGGUGGCUGGCAGGCUGUUGGUGGGGCUGAGGCCAGGCUACCAGACCGGGUGUUCAUACACCCAGACUCCCCCGCUACUGGUGCUCACUGGCAGAGUCGCACCAUCUCCUUUCACUAUGCAAAGCUCACCAACAACACACUGGACUCGCAAGGACAUAUCAUCCUCCACUCGCUGCAUCGCUACCAGCCCAGAAUUCAUGUGAUUGAAGCCAGAGACGUGCUGAGGUGGGGCGGAGGGCAGCACUCCUUCGUUUUCCCCGAGACUCAGUUCAUCACCGUCACUGCCUACCAGAACAACAGGAUCACAGAGCUGAAGAUCAACUCCAACCCGUUUGCUAAAGGCUUCAGAGAGGAAGGCAUGAAUAGUAAAAAACAAAGAGAUGCGAGACAGAAGCGUAAAAUUACAGUCCUGACAGAAACUUUGGAUAUAGUGAACUGUGAUCCAUGUGACUCCACUCAGCUUCUGCCGCAGCCCGAGGGCAGCACAGACCUCCAGGCCCUCGCCUUGGCCUCUCUGCCCCAACUGCCCAACCCAUGUGGGUAUAGACCAGAGGACGCCCCCUACCAGGAUACGCUUGUCCCAGAGCAGCCUCUGGAUCUUGGUCAGGCAUUCAUGCAUUCAAACCAGAUGCCAGUCAGCAUCUCCAUGACCGGUGGGAUGCAGGACACACCGGGAAGUGAGGUCGCAAACAGUAUUAUUGAAAGAUCAGACACUAUGGGUGACCCUGCGUACACCUCCAGCUUCCCUGCUGCCCCAGCCAACUCCUCCUUCCCCUCAGCAUCUCUUCCUCAGUCAUCCUCCUUCCCCUCCCUCCCAAAUUCCUCGAAUACAACUGACGUCCAGCCCUCCAUCCCUCCCAUCGACUAUCCUGCCACCCUCUCCUCCUCUCCCACGCUCUCCUCCACCUCUUCCUCUCCCUCACUGCAGCAGACCUCCUUCACCUUCCCCACCCCGCCCCCUUCCAACUCCUCCUCACCACAGCCGCUCCUUCCCUCCUCCUCCUCCCCCUGCUCUAACACCUAUCACACCAUACCUCCACCCAACCCAGAGUUGAUCAGUCCACACACACCCACUGACACCGCUUUUCCUCAACCUUCUUCCUCAUGUCAGUCUGGGCUUCAAGAUCAAAUGUCAGCUCAUUCUCUGCUCUCCCAAGGCGAACCUAUAGCUGGUGGGAAUAAUUCACCCACUGAUCAAACUUCGGCAGUGUUUAUUUAUCCAAACGUCCUGCCUGCAAAUCCUGAUUCCGCUCCAGUUCAUGCUCAACCUCUCCCCAACCAAAACCAACCACCGGCCCCCACGCUGCCCUACUCUAUGCCCACUCACUGUGCAUCCACAUCCUUUUCCUUCCACUCUGUCCCCCCUCACAUGCAGAAUCUAUCAUUUCCAAAUGUGCCCCCCAGCUCUGCCCACCCAGCCCUGCACCUCCCAAAUCUGAGCCACCAAGCCCAAGCUCCUGCCCUCGCUGCUCCGUUCCCCCCAUCCUCCUUCACUCAUCCUUCAUCCACCCUUCCUCACCCUCCUUUCCAACCGUCCUCUUGCUUGGCUGUCUCCUCUUCUUUCCAGCAGUCCUCUGCUCCCUCAAUGCCACAAGCAGCCCAUUCUCAAAACCUACAUAAUGCCCCUGCCGCCUCCUCGACCUCGUCUUCCUAUCCUUCUGUUGAAAUAGGUGCCUUUCCUCAGUUCAACCCUCCUGCCCCCUAUCGCCCAGAGAUGGUCCUGCACCACCCGUCACUUCUCCCUCAGCUGGAUCCAUCCCUUUCCUCUUGUCUUCCCUCCUCUGCUGCUCCUCCAACCCUUUACCCAGCCUUUUCAUCCUACCCUCUCCGGCUCUGUCAGGACCCUCACUCAUCCCUCUCUAUCCCACUCAGGCAUCUGUACAGGCAACACCAGCAUGGCCACGCUCAUCCUCAGGGAGCCUACCUGGACAUGAGCGCAAGAGCUGUGUUUUAA